AUGGCAAAACAACUGGGGAAUCCGGCAGAAGCCAAUGGGGAGCUCGGCAGUAACUCCCAUCCCGCAGGCUCCGCGGAGCUGUUGCAUGGUGGUGCUGGCGUAACCACAGAAGAGGAAAGCAACUUGACGAGGGAGGGCCAAGCUGCAGAUGAAGACGGCGUUAUUCCACUUGAGGGUAAAUCGUUUGAUUGGGGGAGCCGUCGUGCUACGUUAUUCUCGAAAUCUAUAUUGAAACUUCUGCUGCUAUUGGCGGGUUUAGGAGUGUUGAUGUCAUCAAGGUAUAUAGGAAGAACGCUGGUGAAGACGCGUUUUGCUUUUUCCCCUAAGUCCAAGCGGGAGGAGGUGCUUGUGAGUGCUCCAGUGAUGCCAUCUGUAACUAUGGAUGAUCUGGUGGAGUGUGAAGAGCAGUUGAUCUCAAGUUUCUCAGGAUUUGUAAACACGUGGCGAACAGCAUCUCCUAUUGUACAGUCAGCCUUUAAAAAAUAUUUUGUGCCGUCAAGGGAGGAUGAUCCAUUGCCUCCCCCUGAUCCACCGGCUCUGUACGAUAAGCACAUAAACGCCAUGCUAGGAGUUCCUAGACCCAAUGCCGAAGACGUCAAGGCUGUUCAAGAGCACAAACUGAAUCUGCUUCUGUUGAAUGGAGUUUGCGGUGCAGCAUCAAUAACCAUAAGGAAACUGAUGGAGCUAGAAGAGCUGCAUGCAGAAACCGGUGUACCUGUGCCUAUGCUGGGUCUGGGGAAACCGAUAGAUCAGGAGCAGUUGAAAGGGCUCAUGAUGCAGGAGAAAGAAGGGGUAACCACUGCUGAAUUACUUCGAAAUCUGGGCAUUGUGGUUAAGGCCGAAGGAGAAACAAUGAGAGCCCGGUGGUUUACAAUAUCUAAGUGA